GGGAAGUAAAGAAACGCACUUAUAUCCAAUACGUGCUUAGAACUGUUUCUAGUCAAUUAUAGAUUUUAAAAUUGUGAAAUAUGGUUCCAAUUUUCCCUUUAAAAAGGAUUAAACGUUAAUCUGCAGUUUUAUUAGAAAACUUUCAUCUAAAUCCUUUGCAGCUCAGCAGGGCCUUGACCGUUUGAUAAUUUUUGGAGACCCUUUCAUUUCUUUUGUUUAUCUGUUGUUAACUGGAGAAUAUGUUUGUGUUGGAGUUGCUCAGUUGGUGCAAUGCAACGCAGCUGAUAGAGAAGCUCUUCUUGACUUCAAAAUCGGUCUUAAUGAUUCAUGGAACCAGCUAUCCUCAUGGCAAGGAACCAAUUGUUGUCAAUGGUCGGGAAUAUCUUGUGAUGAGUAUUACUGGUGCUGUUCUUUCAGUUGAUAUCUCUCUAGAUAUCCCAAAUUCAUCAGGUCUGCAGCCAUUGAACUCAAGUCCUUGAAACAUUUGGACUUGAGUGGGAACAACUUCAGUGGUAAAAUUCCUCAUUUCUUUUCCUUUUUGGAGAAUUUGCUAUAUCUAAACCUGUCAUUUGCUGGGUUUAGUGGCGCAAUCCCUCCAAAUCUUGGAAAUCUCUCUAGCUUGCAGUUUCUUGAUGUCCCUUCUUAUAGUUUAAAUGUUGAUAAUGUUGAAUGGGUGAGUGGUCUUGUCUCACUAAAACAUUUGGCUAUGAAUUAUGUUGACCUUUCAAAGGUUGGAAUAGGAUGGGUUGUGGCAUUAAACAAGCUUCCAUUUUUAGCCGAGUUGCAUUUAGCUGAGUGCGGCUUAUCCAAUUUCAUCUAUUCUCUUCCUUCUGUUAAUUUGUCUUCACUUGCAGUCCUAGACCUUCCAUCCAAUUCCAAGUUACCAAAUUGGCUUGUGAAUAUUAGCAGCCUUGUAUCUGUUGACAUCAGCGACAGCAGCUUGCCUGGAAGGAUUCCACUAGGUUUUAGUGAACUUCCAAAUUUGAAGUCACUAGAAGUUCACUAAAACUUCAUGAUAAUGAAAAUGUCCCAGCAAGUUGCUAUCAGUUAUUUCUUGGAAGCUGGAAAAAGAUAGAAGUUCUAGAUCUUUCUGCCAGCAAGUUACAUGGGAGACUUCUUGCUUCCCUUGGAAAUAUGACGUCUCUGUUUUAUCUUGAUUGAUCUUGGAAUGGUAUCAAAGGUGAGAUUCCAAGCUCCAUCGGUAGCCUAUGUAACAUACAGGUAAUUGAUUUGUCAUUUAAUUGCCUGACAAGAGGUUUGCCAAACUCGCUGGGCCACCUCAAAAAUCUUAUUCAUCUCUAUUUGCAGAAUAACUUGCUUCAAGGUCCUAUCCCUGCUUUCAUUGGAAAUUUACAGUAUUUGGCUCAUCUUGGACUCAGCUCAAAUAAGCUAAAUGGCACUUUUCCAGAUAGCUUAGGACUGCUCUCUGAGUUGUGUCUCCUUGAUGUUUCCUUCAAUGAAUUGACAGGUGUCAUUUCAGAAGCACAUUUUUUGAGGCUAAGUAAAUUGAAGUUCUUGUGGUUGUCUAGAAACUCACUCAUUUUCAAUGUCAGUUACAAUUGGAUCCCUCCAUUCCAAAUCUCUACACUGGAUAUUGGAUCAUGCCAUGUUGAUCCUUCCUUUCCUAUUUGGCUUAGAUCUCAAAAAGAUAUAAAAUAUUUAUGUCUCUCAAACAGCAGUAUUUCAGGCUCUAUACCAAACUGGCUUUGGGUUAUGUCUGGCAACCUGUCUAUUUUAGAUGUUUCUUCCAAUCAUUUAAAGGGCCAUUUGCCAAAUCCGUUGAAUACAAGUCCAAAUGCAAACCUCUUCCUACUAGAGCUUUCCAAUAACCAAUUAUCUGGUCCCAUACCAAGCAAUAUUGAUCAAAUCAUGCCUCUAUACUUUCUCUCUCUUUCUGGUAACCAGCUGAAUGGUCAAAUCCCAGCCUUAAUUGGAGAGAUGAAUAAUCUUGAAGUAUUGGAUCUUUCAAGAAAUAAUUUGACAGGAAGCAUUCGUUCAAGCAUUGGGAAUUGUCUUACCCUCUAUGUUCUAGACCUUCAAAACAACAAUUUGUUUGGUGGCAUUCCAAGAUCUAUGGGUCAGUUACGUGAGCUUCGAACACUUCACCUGGUCAACAACAGAUUAUCAUUGUUGGAAACUUUGGACCUCUCGAACAAUAGGCUGACAGGUCUCUGCGGGGAUCCCCCCACUUUGAAAUGUCUAGAUGCUGAUUCAAACAAUUGGGGAAGCCGUGAUGAUUCAGAUGGUGGAAGGAAAGAUGAGGCAGAUGAUGGUAAUGGCUUCAUUGAUAAGUGGUUUUACUUGAGCGUUGGGUUGGGAUUUGCAGUAGGUUUGCUGCUUCCUUAUUUGAUAUUUGCAAUCAAAAGAUCCUGGGGUGGAGCAUACUUUGCUUUUGUGGAUGGAACUGCUUAUAGAUUGUCUACUAGAAAAAUGAGAGCAGCAACAAGAAGAAGAAUUUGGGGCACAUGCUGAGGUUUCUUUAUCUACUUUUCUUUUUUUCUGUGAAUUUUCAUUUUCUUGUACAAUCUGCAGACAAAUCAUUGAUGUAAUUUUGCUAGUCUUCCAUGUAGAAGUUUUUCUAAUUUUCAGAAUAAACUUUCUGUUAUGAUA